CUGAUAACUUUUUUGGCUCCGCAGGUGAAAACUACAGCACCACGACGGUACUGUGUACGGCCAAAUUCUGGUUUGGUGGAGCCCCAUGGGGCAGUUAGCGUUGCGGUUAUGCUUCAGCCUUUUGAUUAUGAUCCACAUGAGAAGAACAAACACAAGUUUAUGGUGCAAAGUCUGUUUGCCCCAGAAGGAGAAGUUAAUUUAGAUGGGCUGUUUAAAGAAGCUGAUCAGAGCCAGUUGAUGGACUCCAAACUUAGGUGUGUAUUCGAGUUGCCAAUGGAUGCGCCACAACAGAAUAAUCUUGAUGCAUUGCCCACGCCACAGCCACAAGUCGAAGUUCCCAAACCAUCGCCAAAGGCUAAUAACAUUGAGGCAGAGCUCAAGAAGGCAGGUGAAGAAAUCAAAAGGCUUCGGGAAGAAAUAAGUUCGCUUCGUCAAGAUAACCUUCAACUAAAGGAGGAUUCCAUUAGGCAGCGUUCAUCACAAGUUCCCAGUGAGAAAAGGAAUGUCGUGUCUAGUGUUAUUCCCCAGCAGGAGACUCAACAGGCUAAUCCUAUGAUGCAUUUGGUUGCUGCAUUUAUUAUUGCCUUGGUGGGCUAUAUCUUGGGCAAGUUCAUACUUUGAAGAACUCCUUGCACUCCAUCCCAGGAAGAAUAGGUAGCAAUCGGCAAAUUUUCUACCAACAUCAGCUGUCCUCCUAUGAUAAAAAUGGAGGAUGAAGAUUACCCUAGUUUGGGUGAACAGUUGCUAGCUGGGUAUAAAAUACAGUAUAUCUAUAUUAGCUAUGGUAUGCCUUCUAUUUUAGUAUAAAGUGGAAAUUAGCCCUCUCUCCUUUUUAAUUUAAGUUUUGUUUCUUUUGUAUAGGAGUUUUAUUAGAAAAAUGCAAAGUUAUCCAAAAUCACACACAAAACAGCCCACACCACCACCUUCACCUGCAGCUGUUGAAAGAACUUUUCAGCAAAAUCCAUUGAGCUGAACAAAUAAAAAGUUGUGACAUGUUCAUGUUUUCCAGAAUAACCCAGUUAGCUUUUGCUUUAAUGUGUAACACUUAGGCAUUAUGAGCAAUGGAAUUAGUUAGAGCCUUCAAAAGUGUAAGAAAAAUGUGGAAAAAGUGUAUUAUAUUUUGAAUUAUUUAUUUGAAGGAAAAAUUUUUAUUUGUAAGGAUUCAUGUUGAAUGUUGAUUUUAUACAUAAAUGCGCAAUAUGAAAGCAUUGCAUUUUUGGUGAUCAAGUCAUCAUCACUUUGCCUGUGAUUAGUUAAAACUCACAUUUAUGAGUAAUUAAUGUGCUCUUUUAAUAUACUGUAUAUCAUUUAGUAAUAGUCCAAUUUGAUGUUCAGUUUGCUAGGGAAAUUAUAUACAGCUAUUGUUAAAAAUCUAAAUUUCAGGGUUCUUUUCAUAUAGUAUUUUUAUGCUAAAAUUACCUAGCCAUAUACAAUUCCAUUAAGAAGUUAUAAGGGACAGGUUUUGUCAUAAUAGCUUCUCCAGAUAUGUUGUAUUUCAUUAUAAUUCUUUUCUAACUUGUGCAAUCCAUGUCAUGGAUGAAACUUCUCUAUAUCUUUAUUUUUUUCCUCAUGUUUUCUGUAGGAAGCAUAGUACAGUAUAUACUAUACAUUGUUUACAUUUUUUUGUACGCAACUUUUAACAAGGGUCAUGAUUUAAUUAGAUCUAGUUCACCCUGUUCUGGUCAUUGUUUUUAAUUUCAAGUCAUUCAGUUUAAGACAAAGUCUUCACAAGAAGAAAAAAGGGAAUAUGUGCAGAA